CCCCGGUGCAAUAGAAGCGCGGAUGAUAUAAAUCCUCAAUCAAAACAGUAUUCUCGUAUCUCUUGUUUUCCCUCCAAAAUCGAAACCUUUCCAACCUUCGACCCCUCUGAUGAGCAAUGAAAGUACACCGCUAUAAACAUGACAACACCAGACUCCAUCCGUACAGCAGCAAAUCGUUAUGGAUCCUUGCUACAAAUAUGCUGCCUUCAAAGUCCCAUCUCUUACUCCCUUGCCCGUCCUGUCCAUGCCCACAUGAUAGCUUCUGGGUUCCAGCCACGUGGCCACAUACUCAACCGUCUGAUCGACAUCUACAGCAAAUCCUCAAAAUUGAACUACGCUCGCUACCUGUUCGACGAAAUCCCUCAACCAGAUAUUGUUGCAAGAACAACACUGAUUGCUGCGUAUUCUGCUGCAGGGGAUCUAAAACUUUCGCGUAAGAUAUUUUCAGAUACCCCGUUAAGAAUGCGAGACUCUGUUUUUUAUAACGCGAUGAUCACUGCUUAUUCGCACAAUCAUGAUGGUCAUGCUGCUAUUGAACUAUUCUGUGAUAUGCAGAGGGAUAAUUUUAGGCCUGAUAAUUAUACGUUUACGAGUGUUCUUGGUGCGUUGGCACUCGUUGCUGAAAAAGAGAAGCACUGCCAGCAGUUGCAUUGUGCAGUGAUUAAGUCGGGAACUGGGUUCGUCACUUCAGUAUUAAACGCGCUAAUUUCUUCUUAUGUGAAGUGUGCAGCUUCACCGUCAGCACAAUCAUCGUCCUUGAUGGCUGAGGCUAGGAAGUUGUUUGAUGAGAUGCCUAACAGAGAUGAGCUGUCAUGGACUACUAUAAUUACUGGGUAUGUGAAGAAUAAUGAUCUUGACGCAGCCAAAGAGUUUCUAAAUGGGACGAGCAAGAAAUUAGGGGUCGCAUGGAAUGCCAUGAUUUCAGGUUAUGCGCAUCGUGGGCUAUAUCUAGAAGCGUUUGAGAUGUUCAGGAAGAUGAUUAUGUCAAAAAUUCAGUUGGAUGAGUUUACUUUUACAAGCGUUAUUAGCGUUUGUGCAAAUGCUGGAUGCUUUCGGCUUGGAAAGGAAAUGCAUGCCUACUUCCUAAAAACCGUGGCAAACCCAGCACCGGACGUUGCAAUGCCCGUGAACAAUGCAUUGAUUACGUUCUACUGGAAAUGUGGUAAAGUUGAUAUCGCCCGGGAGAUAUUUAAUAUGAUGCCAGAGAGGGAUCUUGUUUCAUGGAAUAUAAUCUUAUCAGGGUAUGUGAAUGUUAGGUGCAUGGAUGAAGCUAAAUCCUUUUUCAACGAGAUGCCUGAGAAAAAUAUUUUGUCAUGGAUUAUAAUGAUAUCUGGAUUAGCACAGAUUGGGUUUGCGGAAGAGGCCUUGAAGUUUUUCAACCGGAUGAAAUUGCAGGGUUUUGAACCAUGUGAUUAUGCAUUUGCAGGAGCUAUUAUAUCUUGUUCUGUGCUUGGAUCAUUAAAGCAUGGACGCCAGCUCCAUGCUCAAGUUGUUAGGUAUGGGUAUGAAUCAAGCCUUUCAGCUGGAAAUGCACUGAUCACAAUGUAUGCAAGAUGUGGUGUUGUUGAUGCAGCACAUUGUUUAUUCAUUAAUAUGCCUUGUGUGGACGCGAUAUCCUGGAAUGCCAUGAUCGCAGCUCUGGGGCAACAUGGACAAGGUACUCAAGCAAUUGAAUUUUUUGAAGAGAUGCUGAAGGAAGGCAUAUUGCCUGAUCGGAUAUCCUUUCUCACAGUUAUUUCUGCUUGUAGCCAUGCAGGUUUAGUUAAAGAAGGCCGUAAAUAUUUUGAUUCAAUGCAUAACGUUUAUGGUGUAACCCCAGAUGAAGAACAUUAUGCACGCAUUAUUGAUUUGUUAUGUCGAGCUGGGAAAUUCUCAGAAGCAAAGGAGGUGAUGGAAUCAAUGCCUUUUGAGCCUGGUGCACCAAUCUGGGAAGCACUUUUAGCUGGUUGCCGGAUUCAUGGGAAUAUAGAUUUGGGGAUUGAAGCUGCAGAGCGACUCUUUGAGCUCAAACCUCAACAUGACGGAACCUAUGUACUGUUGUCAAAUAUGUAUGCUGUAGCUGGCCAGUGGAAUGACAUGGCCAAAGUGCGGAAACUAAUGAGGGACCGUGGGGUGAAAAAGGAGCCUGGGUGUAGUUGGAUUGAGGUAGAAAACAAGGUCCAUUCAUUUUUGGUUGGCGAUGCUAAUCAUCCUGAGGUGCGACAAAUUUACAAUUACCUUGAGCAACUGGUCUUGGAAAUGAGAAAGAUAGGGUAUGUGCCUGACACAAAGUAUGUGUUGCAUGAUGUGGAAUCUGAUCUAAAGGAACAUGAGUUGUCUACUCAUAGUGAGAAGCUCGCAGUUGCUUAUGGAUUUAUGAAACUUCCCCAUGGAGCUACGGUCAGGGUUUUUAAGAAUCUUAGGAUCUGUGGUGAUUGCCACAAUGCCUUCAAGUUUAUGUCAAAAGUUGUGGGAAGAGAAAUUGUAGUGAGAGAUGGAAAGAGGUUUCAUCACUUUAGGGAUGGUAAAUGCUCUUGUGGCGAUUACUGGUAGGCACAGUUUUUGUUAAAAUCUGGGAAGGGUAAAGUUGAAAGCAGAAAUGUGGCGUGACUGAUUAAUAAAUUCCAUUUGGAGCCUCUGUUACCACAACUGCAACUUCUGAUACACGUGAUUUCUCUCCGAAGGAUCAUGCAACAGUGCAAAACUAACCAGAGGUUUCUAGCCGUUUUUUUAUAUUGAUAUAAAAGAAACUCAAGAAAAAGUAUUCUCUCUUGCAAUCUCCAAUGACAGGAUCAAUUUUCAUCGAAAGUUUGCCAGAUGACCUUAGUUAUAAUAAUUUCUUCAAAUUAGAAAAAACCUCUUCUGAAGGAUAUGCAUCUCAGAAUUUCUCUCUGCAGCGUUGCAUUUAUUAGUCUUUUUUAUUCUUAUUCUGACAAAACUGUGUUUAUGCAGAAAGAGUUAAAUUCUGUCAAAGAGCAAGUUGUUGGAUUUUCAUGCUUGAAUUAUCAAAUUCAAAUUGGCUUUCAAGGAUUUGAGAGUUUCUGCCACUGGACUGUGAUGCUUUUUAACCAGGUUGACAGCAGCAUUGUAUUUCUGUUAAGGCUAGUUACUUACUGGAUGACGGGGAUUUGACAGCUGGGGAAUAUCAGGUAUCAACUAAAGUUCUACCGCUUAUCGUCCUUAUUUUAUCCUCGACGUGGUUGCUGAUGUAUCAAGUGAUGGCCAAUAAGCUUCAUGUAAUGGUGAAUAGACCAAUUCUUUAAUUGAAAUCCGAACAAAAUUACAGAUACAGUGAACAAGUAGCGUCAUUGAAUAGGGGCAAGUGCAUUUUAUAGCUUCAGCUGCCCUGCUUGGAAUAUGAAAUGUAAUACUAUAUUUUACAAUUUUGUUCAGGAAUAACCUUUCGUUGACGCUAA